AUGAUAAAUAAUUCAUUAAUCAAAGUACAAGUGAAAGAAUACACUUCACCAGCUAAACCUUAAAGGAGAUUAAUUUACCAAAGAAUUAAGCCAUAUAUGGAUGCCUAUGGAAUAUCCCCUGAGUUCUUUGAAAUCAAAGGAAAAUCAGUUGUCUUCAAAAAUAAUAAUCCCAAUAAUAUAACCCAAUUAAAUAAAAGUGUUGUAUCAAUCAGACCAAGUAAAAAGAAACAAAACCAAAAAAUAUCAGUAAAAAGACCACAAACAGCCUCAAUACAAUUAUCUAAUAAUGUAAUCUUGCCUAUUUCCAAUAAGUAUGCCAAUCUAUUCAAUGAAAUAAAGACAAUCCCUUAAAAACCAUAAGUUUAAUAACCUUAGAAGGUUGAAUAGUCUCUGAUUGUGGAAGAAGCAGAUGAAGCAUCAGAUUCAAGUUAUAUCAAGAAACAUGAGUUGAUGUUGAAGGAUAUAGCUGAACUAGAAAAGUAAAUUUAUUAUCAUACUAGGGUUAAAUAAGAGAAGAUUUUAGAGUUAGAAAUGCUACAAAACAAAAUAGAUGAAGCUAAAAACGUAGAGAUCAAUUCGUCUCGUUUCAUUAUUAAAAAGAAUGUGCAUAAGCCUACUCUAAGGGAGAAGAAGGAUAAGGCUGCUUCCUUGAUUUAGGCUCAUGUCAAAGGCAGGAUUGAUUACAAAAGAUUUAUAGAAUGGAAAAAAAAGAAAGAAGAUAAAUUAAGGAAAGUUAUAUUUAUAUAAACAUGGUGGAAAAUUUAAAUGAAACAUCUAAAAAUAUAAAAAAAAUUUCGAAUAACUCAUCAAUAGAAAUAAGUUAGGUUAAUAGAUGGACAUACAUUCCUUAUAAUUACUAAUUAUUCAUAUACUUUAUAUCGGAUUAGGCUGCUAUUUAUUGAGAGAAUGGGAGUAAUAAAGGGAGAUUUCAGAUUGUAUUUGAAUUAGUAAAAUUGUUCAAAAUUACUUAAUGAGGACAUAUCUAAACAAUCCAUAGAAUUUGUAUCUUUGAUGAAUAUAAUCAUCAAUAACAUAAUUAAACUAAUCUAAAUUUAAGAUAGUCGUCUAGUUUUUGAUUAGUAGAAAUAAAAUUUAAUUGAUAUUCCAAGGUUGGUGUUGUAAGUGAACUUAAAUUUACAUCACAUUACUGCCAAUUAAUAUUCAUUGAACAUUAAUUAAGCAGAACCAGAACAGCCAUAAAUAAUAUCAAAGUAGUAACUUGAAUCUUCUGAUCAAAAACCUGUGGCAGUAGAAAUGGAACCUGACAACAUCAAAAAUGAUUAGUUGUAAGAAAUCAAAGAAGAUAAUUACAGCGAAGAGUAAGAAAUCAAGGCAGAUAAUUAGAAUAAAUAAAUUAUGUCGAUUUAAGCAGAAGAAGAAAAUAAAAAAAGUAAGAAAAUCGAAUCGCUUUACUAAAAUGUUGAAUCGCCUUAAGCAGUAAUUCAAAAAGAAGCUGUAGAUUUAUAAUAAUAAUAAGAUAAUGAAAUUAAUAACAAUGAUCAAUAUGAGAAUUAAAAUCAGAAAGUGCUACAGGAUGGAAAUGAUUUUGAAAAUUAAAAACUUCUGAAUUCUUAUAAUAAUUAGAAUAAUUAAAGUUAAGGAGAAUUAAUUAAUAAAGAAAAUAUUUCAUAGUAGAAUUAAGAGUAUUAAUAAAAUAAUUUUUAAUAGUCUGAAAAAGAAUAAAAGAAUGAAUAAGAUCAUUAAGAUGAUUUGGAAAAGGAUGAUAUGAAUAAUUAAUAAGAAAUUUAAAAUACAAAUUAAAUCUAAUUUUAUGCCCUUUAAGAUCCACUAAAUUCAUAAAUAUCUAAUUAAUAGAACUUAUAAUUUCAAUAAUACAUUUCAGAUUUGAAGAACGAUAACAUAUAAAAUAAUUAAAAUAAGUUUGAAAGAGAAUAGAAUGUAAAUUCGAUUAAUAAUAACCUUUUAGAAACUAUAAAAAUUGUUGAAGACACAUAAAUAAUUUAAAAUGAAGUAUUGUCUUCAUAAAGAACAUAAAAAAAUGAACAUUAGAUCGAUUAAUAAGAUUUCAUUAAUAUUGAAUAGGGUGAUAAAGAAUAAAUAGUUAACAAUAAAAAAGAAGAUAUAAUUGAAGAGAAAGAAUAAAAUUAGGAAAAGAUCAUAUAAAUUUAAUCGGGAGAUAAUGAGGUACAAUAGUAAUAAGGAAUAACUAGCAAUUUAGAGGAUUAAUAAAUUUUAGAGGUUAUGGAAAAGCAGGAAGUAAAAAUUGAUACUGAGGUUGUGGAAAAUAAAAAUGAGGAGUUUGAGCUUAUCGAGAAUAAGGUAGAUAAACCCUCAGAGGUUAAAGAAGAAGAUGAAGAAGAAUAAUAAUAAAUAGUAAUAUCACAAUAUGGUAAUGAAUAGCAUAGUAAUGGGUAAUCACAUAAGAUUGAAAAGGAACCAUCAAUAUAGAGUUUUUAAAAAAGGGAAAAUGAUCAAAAUUUAUUGCAAUUACCUUCAUAAGUUGAAUUUCAUUUGCUUAAAAGCUGUGAGAGUAAUUUCUUUGAACCUCCUAAUUCAGGGAAGGAAACUAUAAAAUAUCUGAAUUCUGGAGAACUGCUAAGUAGAACUAAUUUUCUUUCUUAGUUGGGAUAGUUAGGAAAAUUUGAAUUUGAGAAUAAUUCAUUAUUGGGGUCAGGAGACUUGAAAAAAGACAUUGAAGGUUUGCCAGAACCUCUCAAUUUAAGAAAUAAAAGCAAUAAUCAAUAAGAAUUAUUUUCGGAAUCCCAAACAUUUCCAAAUAGGAUGCCAAGUGAUUUUAGAUCUCCUUUUAUUGAUGAUACAUUUAAAUUAAGUACAACCUUUAAAUUUUAAUUCAGUUCCGAACUAAAAGCUUUUGAGAGUGGACAAUUUAUUUCCUAACAGUUUGAUAUAAAAGUUCAAUAGUAAGAUUCUCUUGAGUACUCAAUGGAUGAAUCAUCAGAUUUGCAACCUAUUUACAUUACAACAAUAAAGGUGGAUGAUAUUGAUGUUGAUGUAUUUUAGAUAAAGAAUGUUCUAAGAUUUAAGGAUAAGAAUAAUUUAUAUUAAUGUUAUGAUUUCAAGAUUUCUAAAAUGCAGCAACUCAAUAGUGAUUAUAUCAUCUAAAAUUUAUUUGUGUUCAUCAUAAAAAAUCGUAUUAAUUGCAUAGAUGGCAAUUAGAUAGUAAGAAUUUAAAGAUACUUAAAGAAAUUUAGGUUUGUUUAAUCAUGUGUAUUAACUCUCGAAAAGGAGUCAACUUUAAUUUGCUUAUUUAAAUCAUGUAAGUAAUAUAUUAAUUUAAAGUUUUUCAGAUAAAGAUGUGUAUUUAUAGACAUGUGGAAAUCGGAGAGCAAAUUAUUAUAGGGAAAAUGACAAUAAAGUAAAGGAGAAUAUUGGAGUAGAAUUUUUACUCGAUUUGCCCUUAAUUAUUAUUCCAUGAUAAGGGAUUGGAAUAAAGGAUACUUGCAACAAUAGAAGCUUUGGGUAUUUAGAGCUGA